GAGAGGUCAGGGCUGCCGCUCGUCGUGAUCAUAUAUCACCGACUGCAUCUCGAUUUCCAGAAAGGUUGGCUCGACAUACCCCGUGGUGACUAUCUGACUCUCCAGUCGAGGCUCGUGCUACAGCAAGAUGAUACGUAAGAUUUUGAGUAGCAGCUUACUUGCUAUCUCACUGUACGGCACAAUUACUGCAGCACUGCCUCAGAAUCAUACCGACCCAUCAACAAAUGCAGUAGUAGACAAGGGCACGUUCAGCGAUCCGUCUUUCAAUGUCCGACCAAAAUUUCGCUACUGGGUUCCCGAUGCUUCGGUGGAUCCUCAGGUUGUUGCCAGCGACGUGAGUGCUGCUGGUCGUGUCGGAGCUGCUGGGCUUGAGUUGCUUGGGUACUAUCUUUACGGCGGACCUCCUAGCAAUGGAGCAGGUCGAGGAGUUGGAGCUCCAGUUGAUUGGGCUACUUAUGGAUUCGGAACACCGGCCUGGCACGAUAUCUUCCAGACAUUUGCGCAAGCUCACAAGGAUAAUGGUCUGAUCAUGGACUUCGCCAUCGGACCCAACCAAGGCACUGGAGUCCCGGCGCCUGAAGGUAGCGAUGGCCUCAUGUGGGAUCUAGUGGCUUUCAACGUUUCCGUGCCAGUAGGCGGAUCUUUCGAUGGAGUUCUCCCAGGAUGGGGAACAGGGAAGCUGGAGGCGGCAAUAAGUGGCCUCGCUACCGCCUCUUCCUUUGAAACCAGUCUCGGUCCAAGCCUGCCGGGAGACAUCCCUCUGAACAGAACACAGAUCACACUGUCUGAGGCGAGCCUGACGGACGUAACGAACCAGGUUGACGCGAAUGGCCAUCUGUCUGUGACGUUCAACGCCAGCACAUCAGGCAACAUCAACAACACCAUAUUUGCGGUCUACCUGAUCCACUCAGAUUACAGGGCACAAGAUGGACCCGAAGAUCUAGGUGGUCCGCAAACACCAGCACAGUCAUUCAUCCAGAACGGCUCCUGGGCGGCCGACCACUUCUCUGCGCUCGGUGCCCGCACAAUCGCGAAUUACUGGGAACAAUAUAUCCUCGUCAAUGGAACUAGAGAGCUACUUAUGGACGUCGGGAACUACGGCUGGGAAGAUAGUGUCGAGAUCGACGCCAACGUCUACUGGACACAGAAUUUCUCAAGUCUCUUUGAGGCAGACCACGGCUAUUCGCUCAACAAGUGGCUGCCGAUCCUGUUCUCCGAGAAUGGUCACGCAAAGGAGUCGGAUCCUCCGAUCUGGUGGAUCACUGAUGCUCCUGACAACGGUGAGAGCAGAAGAGCGGACUACCGAGAGACACUCGCAAAGCAAUACCAAGCUUACCUUUCGACCCUGAACGUGUGGGCAGAGCAGUAUCUCGACCUGCAAUUUUCGUCUCAGAUCUCGUACAAUCUGCCGAUGGACAUGCUCGCGAAUAUUCCUAGUGUUGACGCUCCCGAAUGCGAAUCCCUCGACUUCAGCGACCUGAUUGACGGGUACAGGCAGUAUGCAGGCCCCGCAAACCUCGCACAACGACGCAUCGUAUCGUCCGAAUGCGGCGCCGUCAAAGGCGAGGCAUUUGUUCAAUUACUCCCCGAACUGCUCUGGCACGUCAAGCGCUCCUACGCCGGCGGCGUCAAUCAAUUCGUUUUCCACGGCUUUCCGUAUUCUGGUGAUUACGGCAACACAACAUGGCCGGUCUUCACAACGUUCAACUACCAGUACUCAAGCAUGCACGGGCACAAUGACCCAGGGUGGGAUUUCUACCGCGACCAAAUCGACUUUGUCGCCCGGAACAAUUUCCUGCUGCAGUCCGGCGUGCCCAAGUUCGACGUCGCGUUCUGGCAGAAAAUGACGACUUACCCUGGACAUAUCCAGCUUCCCACGUACGCACCGACGGACCUCGAGGCGGCAGGUUAUACCUAUGAAUACCUCAGUCCCGAUAACCUUGACCUCCCCGCGGCAAGGGUCGAGGACGGGAUACUCGCGCCUGACGCGCAGGCGUUCAAGGCGAUGGUCGUCCGGGCGAACGAUUCAUUGACAUUGCAGGGCGCAUCCAGACUCGUGGCCUUUGCGCAAGCUGGACUCCCAUUGGUUUUCUCUGGCGGUAUACCUACAUCGUUUCUUGGGACGAUCACCAAUGUGAGUGCUCUGAGCACAGUCAAUGCUUCUCUCAACGCGUUGCCUUCGCUGGGCAACGUGCACGUUACAUCCUCGUACGACGGGCUCGCGGAUACGCUUGCAUCGUUGGACAUCGUGCCAGCGACCAAAGUCAGCGCCAAUGGGACGUGGUUUACUUUGCACCGACGCGACGACUCAGCUGGGGCGGAUUACUUCUACGUGUACAACGAUGCGAUGGAGGCGGAGCAUGGUCAGGGGUACACAGAAGGGAGCAUUGAGUUUUCCAAUGUCACUGGCACCCCGUAUGAGUAUGAUGCGUGGACGGGUGAAGUCGAGCCGAUUUUGACGUACACUUCGAGCAAUACUUCGACGACCAUCCCGUUCGAGUUGGCGGGGAAUGAGUCGACGAUCGUGGCGUUUCUGAAUGACACUACGGUGGCCAGCUUGGGCUUGGAGUCUCCUUCAGCGCACUUGACGAACGUCUCUUUGGGGAUCCUAGAUGUGAAGACUGAUUCAAAUGACAGCCACAGCGUUGUCCUGCAAGUCGGGCCUUCCUCGUCGGGACGAUACUACAGUACCUCCUCCGGGAAACUUGGGACGGUGGAGCCUUGCUCGGCGUCGACCCUGACCUUGGCAAACUGGACGCUCGUCGCGGAGCACUGGGAUCCACCUGCCGAUUUGAAUAUCACGACGGGCACGCAGAAACAUAAUACCACGCACUCUUUGCCGAUGUUGGUGUCGUGGCAGGAUAUUCCGGGGUUGCAGAACGUUUCUGGGAGGGGAUAUUACAAUGCGAGUUUUGUCUGGCCUUUGGCCUCGACUGGAAAUGGCCCAACGCCAGACGGGGCGGUGAUUGAUUUUGGGUUCGUAGUGCAUACUUUGCGAGCCUGGGUCAAUGGUAUGCUAUUGCCUCCGUUGGAUGUCACGAGGCCGCGGGCGGAUAUUGGGGAUUUGCUGGUGCAAGGUGUGAAUACGGUGGAGGCUCUGGUUGCGACCCCGUUGGGGAAUGUGAUGAGGCCGAUUUGGGAUGAGUUGCAGACGAGUGGGACGGGGCCGGCGAGUCCGGGGGCUGGAGGAGUGCCGCCGCCUGUGGUGGACUAUGGGUUGAUUGCGGAUGUCAGGGUUGUGCCUUAUGUUGAAAUUGUUGUUGAACUAUAGGGGAGCAAGCAGCAUAGGCCGCUAUGUUUAUGCCUGAUCAAGGACGUGUCCAGUGUGUGCUGGUGGGAUAUUUCGGCACGGAUACUGCGUGUCUCCACAGUUCACGCGGUUGCGGCCCACUAGACUAGGCAGAGGGUGUAGGCAGGGGCUGUUAUGGCUGACUGAAAUAUCUCUUAUUGUUACAGCAA